GCUUUAAGCUAACUAGUUUGCAUCUAAAUAUUUAGUUAGCAGACUAAAUACUUUGUGAGCAAGAUAAAUCGGCUAAAUAUUUAGCUGAUUUGAAGCUAAAUAUGUAGCUCUAAACUAAAUAUUAAGUUUGAAAGCUAAAUGUUUAAUAAGAAGUAAAAUAUUUUUGCUCCACAGCUAAAUAUUUUGGACAAUAUAUUUAACUCUGGGCUAAAUGUUUAGCUCUAAAUAUUUAGAACUAAACUAAAUAUUUAGAGGUUGUGCAGUGGCUGUUGCUGUAGAUCCAGUGGUGAAUGUGUUAUUUUCCAUUUUGAGUAGAUUCAGCCCCGGGAGUCACUUAUAAACCUAGUUAAAUUUGUUGGUAAUAAAUGAUGGUGCAGGUGCAGAAACCACCCAUAUCUGUGGAGAUAUUUUUCAGAUUGUGAGGAAACAUUCCUGCUGCAGGUCAUGCUGACUGCCUCACCCUAACUGGCAUUCUACGGUUACCAGAUCAGAUCGCAUUGCAUUAAAAUUGGAUUAAAUUGGGAUAUAUUAAAUUGGAUUUGAUCCUGAACCUGACUGUUCUGGAUUGGGUUGAAUCGAUUGGAUCACAUAUAAGUGGAUAAGAGAGGGAAGCUGCGUGAGAAACCUUCUGCUGUAAAGUGCUGCUUUGAUAAUAAAUUCAGGUUAAAUUACAUUAAGUUACGAGUCCAGAGAGCAACAGAGAGAGAGAGCGUGUUGAAGCUGCAGUAAUCCUGUGAUAUAAACCUGCUGAGCCUCUGCAUUCAGCCUCAGUGGGAGAUAAAACCAGGCUGAUAGCAGAUGGAGCGUCGGCAGGUCUGAGCAGCACCCAGCAGGAUGAAAGGUCCGCUCGCUCUCUGCUGCUUCCUCCUCCUCUCUCACACCCUGAGCCCAACGAAAGGUAAGAACGGCAUCUAAAUCUAUCCCACAGCAAAACACCUACUCAGUUCAGUUCCCUUCAUUUGUUUGUUUUUAGCAGGACAAAUUAAUCAUUUUUCAGGGAUAACAUAAAAAACUGCCUUUUAGCUAAUCUUGGCUUUUUUUUACAGAAAUAUUCAUUAAAGUGUCCCUAAGAAAUAACUUAAAUUUAAAUUUGUUGUGUUUUUCAAACUGCUUUAUCUUUGUUACUCCCACUUUCAUUAAAAACCUUCCGUGUGAUCCAGUUGGUGUUCGUUUUAUUUUUAAUCAUCAUCAUCAGAAAUUAUGAUCUCAUUACUUUAAUUUAAUCACGCUAGACUGCAUCUCAUUCCCUUUAAUGGUUUAGUUCAUUAAGCACCAGCACAAAUGUACAAUUAAAGGGGCUUUUUUGCAUAUUUAGGAUGAAGAUUUGCAAAAAGAAAGAAAAAUAACAUUUUCAUUUCAAAUAAAUUACAAAUGCUGUGGAGUCUGUAUAUUUUUACACAUGAAAUCAGAAAGAUUUCUUGCAGGACACGCUGUGUGUACGAUAGGAAUGUACACAAAGCCAAAGGAGACAUUUAAACCAUUCCAAUCAGUUUGGAACCAGUGGAACCAGUGCUAGCUAAAAAAGCUAGUUCUGCUAAAGCUAAAGCGCUACACCAACUUGGUAUUUAAAAGAAGCUAAAUACUAUGUUAUGAUUAACUAAAAAGCUAGUUCUGCUAAUCCUAAAGUGCUACAUAAUGCUACAUAAUAUUUAGCAGAAGCUAAUGCUAAUGUACUAAAGUGAUAACUUAAACUUAAUUCCUUAUUAGUAAUUUAGAAUUUAUUUGAAAAAUGUUACCUUGUGGAAGCGAAGUGCACUAAAUGUUUUCUAAGUUAGCAAAAUGCUAAAGUGCUCAACAAAAAUGAGCUCCAUUAUUGGCGGAUUAGUGGAAGAGUUCAUACAAACAAACACAAAGAUAUUACUUUUGAGGACUGAUGCUAACCACCAGUGCCCCCUUACCCCUCCUGCACUUAUUGCUGACUCAGCAAUCAUUCUUUGUUAUUGACCAUUUGUAAACUAUGUCACUGAUCACCUUGAGGCGCCAUGAUGGAUCUUCAGAAGUUACAUAGCUAGCUUAGAAACCGAGCCAAACCAUCUCCCUCUUCAUGUUUUUAUGUUCUCAAGUCUCCGACUUUGUCUGACUUUAUGCUACAGGAACCUGUCCCAUCAUGUCAUAAAGACGUUUCCUGAUUUAAAAAGUCUCGAUGCUAAUCAGUUUUCUUUUGUACAUGCUAGGCUACAUCUUAUGUAUCUUCCUAAUAAUGCAAUAUUUGAUUGCGUUUUAUUAAUCUUACUCACUUAUGAAGUAAGAACAUUAAUCUUCUUACCUUGUUAGAAGUGUAAAAUCCGUGAAUACACCAAAGGUUGACAGUCCUUGGGAUUAUCAAUCUGUCCUUGUUACAGGAAUAAAACAAUUUACUAUAAAACAACGAUAAAAGUUUGACUCGCACCCAUCUUUAUUUGUGCAGCCAACCGCGUAUCACUAUGACUUUUUUUUUUUUUUUUUUACAGUGAAAUAAAUUAAAGAAAAGCGGCAUUAGGCGACCAUCUAUCUGUUUUUGACUAGACUUAACAGUGUAGUACCGCGGUUUGUUGCCCCCUAGCGGUAAGAACAGAUCCAGGAAUAGUUCAUGGUAGGCCAACUUAUUACAAACGGGACUUAUUAUGGUCUGCCUUUCAAAUUAAGACAAUUAUCAACGCUUUCAAACUCUAACCAAGAAUAUCAUGAACAGAGUUUGUUUUGAUGUCCGUCACGUUCACAGGCGCUUUUUAUGAAACACAUCUUUGAUUAAAUCUUUUACAGCGAAAAUUCAAAUCUGCUUCUGGGUAUUUCUUAGAUAAAGAUGUUAGUGUUUGAUUUAUUAUAAGUUAAUCUGGCUGACUUUAUGGCUGGGGUUUGUGUGGAGACAGCUUUGUGCCAUCAGAGCAGGACUGUUCUCUGGUGGGUUACCUAACUCUGUUUGGAGAUGUUCCUUUGGGGAUAAAAGAGUCCAUUGUCUGACUCUGAGCCAUAUUGCUUAUGGUAAUCUGUACUUUCAAGUGAUUAAAUGCUUGUGGCUGUUGAAAUCACAAAGUGCAUGGAUGUUAAUCCCCAAGCAGAAUCCACAGAUUUUCUGCCCAUGAUCUUGGACUCUAAUAAAACCCAGACACCCGUCUCCCUAGAGACACGAUCACUGUCCAGGAUCUCAUCGGGAAUCUUCUGGUUCUGAUCCAGUUGGCCUUACCGCUUCACUAAGUAAUGCCUUCUAAUGAGAUGUCCCGACCAUCUGAAGGAUCAGCAGCUCGACUCCGUGUUAGCUCCUUCAUCCACAGGAAGCUCCAUGUGGAGCCGCUGGUUCUCCUCACUGAAAGGAGACGUUAGACCAGUGGAGUCCAGAGUCGGUCCUGGAGGGACAGCAUUCUCUCCCUGGGGGAGUAACUACCUUCUCAGCAUGUCGAUGUUCUUCUUAGGUCUGUCAUGAGCCAUCAUUUGAUCCAGGAAGAGAACUAAAACAUGCAGCAUGUGUCGGUCCUCCAGGACCGACCUGGACUCCACUGCAUUAGAGGAAGUUCAUCCAUCUGAUCUGGAUCACUUUAUCUGGAGGAUUUCAUUACUGUCCCACUAGGAGUGGAUGGAUGGAUGGAUGUGUGUGUGUGUGGGUGGAUGGAUGGACGGAUGGAUGGAUGUUGCUGCUGUCUGAUCACUGACGUCACAUGAGGAGACAACAUGGCCGCCCUGCAGAUCAAGCCUCUUCUUCUUUCACCAUUUCCCAUUUUACAAGGAUUUUGUGUAUUAGACUAAUGUGAAGUAAUGCUAAGCAAAAUCUGAAAAGUGUGGCAGACAUUUUUAUUCACCAGUAGUGAUCUUUUUGGGGUUUUUGCCCAUUUUUCUACACAGAAGAGCUCCAGCUGAGUCAGAUUGAAUGGAAACCGUCUGUGAACAUCAAUUUUAAAAUUUUAAACAGAUUCUCAGCUUUGACUUUGACUAGGCCAUUCUACGACAUGAAUGUAAACGUUUCCAGUGCAUUUCUGGCUGUAUGUUUAUGAUGGUUCUCCUCCUGAAAGCUGAGCCUCCAUCCCAGCUUUCUGCCUCUAACAGUUUUUAUUUCAGUUUUGUCCUGGAUUUAGCUCCAUCCUCAAACUCUCAAGCCGCACUUUCGAGAUUCCAGAUGUGUAAUUUUCUGUAUAAAAUCCCAUUAAAAUACAGUGAAGUUUGUAGCUGAAGCUCAUGUCUCCCUGUUUAAAUCAGUCGUAUCAGUUUCUAAUGUUUCAUUUCCAGAUUCCCAAACGGUUUUUAUGGGUAAAUAAUUUUUUGCAGGUUGCUGGGAACUCUUUGACCCCGUUUGGAAAUGUUUUAAUCUUUCUUCCACAUUGUUUGUGUGUCUGGAGAGGCCAGAGAUGGGCAAUGCCCGGCUCUUUGGAUCAAAAGCUCUAUGAGGAUUAAGAGGAAAAACAUGGGAGGAAAAUAAUCUGCAGCCGCGGUGACAUCAUGGUUCAGCGGCCGGUGCUGCGGAGGUUACCUGAUCGUUUCCAUGGAUCCCCUCCAACCUGUCGUCAUCGGCGACACGAUCACGUUAAAGUGCAACUUCCAGACGGACGGCACCCUGAGAGAGAUCGCGUGGUUUCAGGUAAUUGAAGGAGGCAAUGCCAAGCAAAAGAUUUUCACCUACGAUUCUGUUUACAACACGAGUUUCUCCAACAUGGAGGAGACAAACAAACGAGAGGAACUGGUUUACCACUCAACAGUUCGCCUCCCUGAGGUGCAGCUGGAGGAUGACGGCCUGUAUGAAUGCCAUGUGGGGAUCUACAGCAAAGGCUCCAGAGAUCAGCUGAUCGAAGCGUCUGGCAGCGUCACGCUCUCCGUUAUCGUUCCCCCCAGGUCUAUUUCUGUGGCGGCAGCCAACAGUCCCGCUCCGUUCAGCCGUUACGAGGCCAAGAACUUCACCCUGGUUUGCAUUGUUACUGGAGCAAAGCCGGCUCCCUCGGUUUACUUCAAACGGGACGGUGAGCUCAUUGACGUGUUUCCAGCAGCUCGGUAUUCUUCCUUGGCGGGACAUCACAGUAAAGCCUCCAAAAGAAACCAGAGCAUGACCCAGGUUCUUCCCAGAGGAGAUGUUGACGACACCAAAAUCCAGAAGUCCCUGUCCCUGCAGAACCAAGCGGGGAAAGUGGCCCGGCUUAGAGAGAAUGAGACGGACAGCUUGGAGCAAGGCGGGGAGGAAGCAUCCAGGUUGAAGCUGGAGUCGACCACAGAGGGCAUCCCAGAGACGGUGGUGAGCCGGGAGUUUCCCCGCUGGGUCCAGAGCAGUGACCCGCUCUACUACUUCCAGCACUGGCAGCAGGUGGCUGGCGACGGCACCAUGGAGGCCAGAGCCAUGCUGACCUGGAGCCUCAACCCCCAGCUGGAUAACGAAGCCCUGUUCAGCUGCGAGGUCAACCACCCCGCUCUGUCCAUGCCCAUGCAGGCCGAGGUCACGCUCACUGCUCCCAGAGGACCCAAACUGUCCACCAGACCCAGUAAGGCCAAAGUGGGAGACACGGUGCGGAUUUCCGUCCAGGGCUUCCAGCUGGGACCGUCUGCUACCAAGGUGUUCCCGGAGCCUCUGCUCACCUGGACUCGGGUCGGUGGGAACCUGCUGGACGGCAGCGAGAAGCACGAUGGGAGGGAGCUGGUUCUGGAGCGGGUCCCCGCUGAGCUGAACGGAUCCAUGUUCCGCUGCACGGCGCAGAACCCUCUGGGCUCCACCGACACACACACCCGCCUCAUUGUGUUCGAGAACCCAAGACUGAAGAAAGGAAGGGAACAUUUUAUCGCUCUCAACGCAGCGGCCACUCGGCUCUCCGUCACACCGAACCUCCUGGUUCUGCUGAGCUUCGCCUGUGAGCUGACAUGAGCCGAGCGCCGCGGCUCCAGCAGAACACCAGCCGGUCAGGCAGACCGGACCCGGAGGCUCAGCGGACUCAGGAGCUGCAGGAGUCAGGCGGCUUCGGCAGGGUGUGUGUCCAGGAACCGGCGCCGAGUGGGACCCCGGUCCGGAGGGCGGAUCUGGACAGACGGGUUGAACUUUUCAUCCUGGACGUCAGCCGGAUCUCAACUCUGGACAUUUUUUCCAGGAUUACCGGACCCGGAUUGCCAGACCUGACAGUUUCCGGCCCAAACAGAACCUAAAACCCGGUCAACUCCAAAACAAAACAAAA